AAUCCCAACAGCCUCAAAAAAUCCCAAGAUCUUGGGAUAAAAUCCCAAGGUUGGCAACACUGUACAGCCGUACCCCGUAAACUGCUAGCCACUUGUGAAUAUGAACUUCAUCGUUUCUCACGAGAUAACGAUAGCCAAUUAGAAGUCGUCUUAGAGAACGAUUUUAUUUUAAAGCAAUUUCAUUGGUCGCUUACGCGAAACUCGCGUCAGCAAAAUUUCUUGUGUAUUUUUUAUUUUUCGUUCUGCUAAAUCUGCCUUUGUCACGGAAAAGUUUGAAUUGAAAAAUAUCCUUAGCUUCUUAUUAUUGUACUGUAAAUUUUCGUUUUUCAAGAGACGAUUUUUUCAAGCUGUGUAAAAGACAGCUGAGAGCGGACCCGUACACAAAAGAAGGAAUUAUUUGUUUCUAAAAAGGCAUUCGAGUUCGCAAGAACACUAUUUUUUUCUCCUGCCUAACUCUCCUGCCUUCUUAUUAAAACAGUUUCUUUGCUGAAGAAAUUGCUGAAGAGACCUUUGUCCAGAAUAAUGGCAAGUUUCCAAAGUCCGUCCCCUUCAUCUGUGAAAUCAAGACCACUUAGCCCGUUUGUGUCAAAGUUAAAGGUAUUGCUUAGCGAAACUAAGUACCAAAAUGCCAUACGAUGGUCGAGUAAUGGCGAAGCAAUAGUUAUAUUUGAUGCAGACACUUUUAAACGAAUAGUUUUGGACAAGACGGCAGAGAUGUUCAAGACAAAAAACUUCACAAGUUUUGUUCGCCAGUUAAACCUUUACGGCUUCCGAAAAGUACCCACAAAUGGAAAGUCCGACCCGAAUAAGAAUAUGAAAUUUGAACAUCCUCAUUUUGUCCAAAGCAAACCACAAAUGAUGCACCUGGUUCAAAGAACCUGCUCCUCCAGCAAGAAAAGAAAAACUGGUGACAGUUUGGGCAGCCUUUAUGAUAAUAAAAUCUCUCGGACGCAACAAAGAGCGGGCGUUAAAGGCGAAAGUCAUGCAAGGGAAAGGGCAGCCUGGCUCAACGAUUAUUAUCAUCAAGCAACGAAGAAGCAAGCAAAUAAGGAGUCUUCGUCAUCUAAAGUAAAAGAAGAACAAAUCGUUCACCACGGCGAAGAAGGCCUCGAAGACAACGAACAACUCGCGCUAGAGUACAUGUACCAGAAGUUCAAAGAAGAACAACACGCUGUUCAGUUAUUAAUGUAUUUGAAGUAUUCACCACCCAAUCCUGAGGUUUUUCCAACUGGUGUUUGGGAACCACAGUUAUCACAACUUCAGACAAGUUACGCAAUGGAAUAUACCGCAUCUCCACACCUACCAAACGCUAGCCUAUGUCCGUGUUUCAGUAUUCCAUCAGUUUAUGAAACCAGUGAAACAGCAAGACAAGGUUAAAAGAGACUAAUUUCCUCAAUUUUAAUCAGUGAUGUUUAAAAAAUAAGAAAACAAUAUUUUAUUCGAUGUAGGGUUUCCAUCAUAUUUACUUAUAAAGCUAUAAAUUAUAUUGAGAAAAUAAAUGAAUUUUUGUAAAAUAUGUAUAUGAACAUUGAU